AUGGAAGCGGACGCAAUGCUCCAAAUGUUUAGAAGAUCCCAGGAUGAGUACGGAAUCAAAUAUAAAUACUACAUUGGAGAUGGAGACUCCAAGACAUAUAAAACAAUUUUGGAGAAGCAACCGUACGGCGAAGACUUUUUAAUAAUAAAAAAAGAAUGCGUAGGACACGUACAAAAAAGAAUGAGCACUCGACUGCGUAACGCGAAAAAAAAUAAUAAAGGUCUCGGUGGUCAAGGAAAAUUGACCGAUAAAGUUAUUGGAGAAUUAUCCAAAUAUUAUGGCAAUGCCAUAAGAAAUAAUAAAAACAAUACUGAGGCAAUGAAGAAUGCAAUUCUAGCAACUUUAUACCACAAGUGUUCGACAGACGCCUACCCACAGCAUCAGUUUUGUCCGGAAGGAACAGAUAGCUGGCAAAAGGCAAAAUCUGAUAAAAAAUUAAAUGAUUAUAAACAUAAACGUGCACUUCCCGAAGAUGUUUUUAAAGCCAUAUUACCAAUUUAUGGAAAUCUAAGCAACGAAGAUUUACUUACACGUUGCAUCGGCGGAUACACACAAAAUGCAAACGAAAGUUAUAAUAACCUAAUCUGGAAAAUAGCUCCAAAAACAGGAUUUAGCGGAACAGAAAUUGAUUUGACGGCCAAAAAGCUCGAGCGCGCCAUAAAAUGUUUGUCCGCACAUGCAUGUCAGUCGAGGGACGUGAAGUGA